UCCUAGCGUGACCUCUGAAGGCUCUGGCGGCGUGAGCCGGGCAGUGGAAACCGGUGUUGGUUGUUGGGGGGAGAGAGAGAGAUUGGGAUUCUGAGGGGUGCAGAGUCCCCCUCCCCCCAAGCCCUUUAGUCCUCUCGGCUCGCGAGGGGAGGAUUUAUGAGCUGGGUGUGGGGAGAGCUCGCGAGGAGGCGCCGGUGGCGGCCUUGGGGGCAGCAUGGGUGUGAUAGGUGUGCAGCUGGCGGUUACUAUGGUGAUGGCUAGUAUUAUACAGAAGAUCAUACCUCACUACUCUCUUGCGCGGUGGCUUCUCUGUAGUGGCAGUUUGCGAUGGUAUCAGCACCCCACGGAAGAAGAACUACGCAUUCUUGCAGGGAAGCAACAAAAGGGGAAAGGCAAAAAAGAGAGGAAAUACAAUGGCCACAUUGAAAACAAACCAUUAACAAUUCCUAAAGACAUUGAUCUCCAUCUGGAAACGAAGUCUGUUACUGAAAUAGACACAUUAGCAUUGCAUUAUUUUCCUGAAUAUCAAUGGUUGGUAGACUUCACAGUUGCAGCUACAGUGGUAUAUUUGGUAACUGAAGCCUACUACAGCUGGAUGAAACCAUCACAAGAAAUGAAUAUUAGCAUAGUCUGGAGUCUUCUUGUUCUGGCUUUUGCAAUCAAAAUAUUGUUCUCACUGACUACGCACUACUUCAAAGUAGAUGAUGGAGGUGAAAGAUCAGUCUGUGUUACCUUUGGCUUCUUUUUCUUUGUCAAAGCCAUGGCAAUUUUGAUAGUAACAGAAAACUACCUAGAAUUUGGACUUGAAACAGGCUUCUCAAAUUUUUCAGAAAGCGCUGUGCAGUUUUUUGAAAAACAAGGCUUGGAGUCCCAGGGUCCUGUUUCUAAACUAACGUUCAAAUUCUUCUUGGCUGUCCUUUGUUCGUUUAUUGGUGCUUUUUUGACAUUCCCUGGAUUGCGACUAGCUCAGAUGCAUCUGGAUGCUUUGAAUUUAGCAACAGAAAAAAUCACCCAAACGCUACUACAUAUAAACUUCCUGGCACCCCUGCUUAUGGUCUUAUUGUGGGUCAAACCCAUUACCAAGGACUAUAUAAUGAAUCCUCCAUUGGGAAAAGAGAAUGUGCCUCUGAUGUCAGAAGCCACAUUUGAUACUAUAAGGCUGUGGAUUAUAAUUCUCUUGUGUGUGUUAAGAUUAGCCAUGAUGCGUAGUCAUCUCCAAGCCUAUCUUAAUUUAGCACAGAAAUGUGUGAAUCAAAUGAAAAAAGAGGUUGGCAGAAUAAGUACUGUUGAACUGCAGAAAAUGGUGGCCAGAGUGUUUUAUUACCUUUGUAUAAUUGCGCUUCAGUAUGUGGCACCUCUGGUUAUGCUGCUUCACAUGACUCUGCUGUUGAAAACUUUAGGUAACUAUUCUUGGGGCAUCUAUCCAGAAUCUACUUCGGAUUCACCAGUGGAGAGCAAUCCACUGAGCAAUUCAGUAAACUCUGAAUCUUCAUCUAAUGAUGGAAAGAUGAAGGUAACUGUAAUACAACUGACAAUGGCACUGGCUAGCCUGAAGAACAUUCUCACUCCACUUUUAUUCAGAGGACUCUUGUCCUUUCUCACCUGGUGGAUUGCUGCUUGUCUCUUUUCCACAAGCCUUUUUGGACUCUUCUAUCAUCAAUACCUGACAGUGGCAUGACAUAGCAAAGCAAGCUCUUGUGUCCCAAAGGAAGCCCAUGUGCCCCAAAGAGGUGGAAGAAAAACUGGAAGAAAUAACACAGUGAAGAGAAAAACAUAUGAGUUUUUCCUUAAAAUUCUUCCUCUAUGUUCUUGAGUGAAUGUUGUUGGAUAAGGUUGGAAAUAACAAGUGAGUGUAUAACCUCUUACCUAAAAUUGGAGGUAACUGUUGAAUUAUUGAUAUGGUUAGUGUUGGUGGGCUGCUUCUGACACAUGUCCAUUGCAGCCCUGAAAUCACUGUAUUCAGUCAUUGACUGGCUGAUCUUACUGGGGUUAAGGUACUAGGAUAAUAUUAAAGGUGACUGCUUAGAAAAUGAACUUGCGACUGAGCCAUAUGACAGUUGGAUAAAUUGUCCUGUUGGAACAACAGGGAUGAAUUUUCUAAGUAAACUAAUCCAACAGGGCAAAAGAAAUACUGUAUAUUACAGUAAAGGAAUCUGUGUGAAUAAUUUACUGUAAAUAAAAUUGCAUGGUCUCAGCAAGUAUUCAUGCUGAAGGACUUGUUCACAUGUUACAGUAAGAGGAUCCUAUUGCAAUAUUCUGCCACUUGGUUGAUUGGCAUAUGAAUGUACAGGAGUGCGUAGUUAGCCAGCCUUUUAAGAGUAUUGCACUCUGUAAGCACUCACAUACUUGAAACUAAUCUUUUAGUAGUUAUAAUAUGGAAGUAGUAAGUUCUAAAAUUGUGUGACAACUUACUACACGUACCUCACUCCUGCACAUUCAUGUCUUUAACGUACAAAGUGGUAUAAUAUACUGUGGCUUCCUUUCAGUGAGGCAUUGUUAUCCCAUAAUGUAAUGUGUGAGGAAGUCCUUAGAAUUUUUCAUAUUGUAAGAGUAAUAUUAUAAAUAUAUUGUUUCAGUCUUAACAGUCUUUUAAAAAAUAAUAAAUGACCAUACAAAUCCUGCA